GAAGCGAGAAAGGCCUUUUCAAUCGAAAAUAAAAUGCAAAAUUCAGUUUCGGAGCAGAGUUUUUACAUCGAGAGCGACGAAGAAGACGUUGAGAAGGCGUCUGAAAAAGAGGGAGAUGAUGGCAAUGAUUCCGACUGUUCCGAUGCUUCUUCCAUCGACGAAAACCGCGCACAGAACCAGACCAGUUCUUACAACAUUUCAUGGCCACAAAGUUACAGGCAAUCCAUCGAUAUGUAUAGUAGCAUACCUUCUCCAAGUAUUGGGUUUCUUGGCACUCCUACAUUGCAAAGAUUAAGCAGCUCUUUCCUUUCAUCUUCCCUAACAAGGAGACACACUCCUGAAAUACUCGCUGCAAUAGUAAAGCCCUUAUUACCCGCAGAUGAGAAGCAGCAAGAGCAGCUACAACAGCAACGCAAGAGUUCUCAUGCUCUGCUUCCUCCUCCCAUUCCUACAAAGAAGCCUCCAGCCAAGAAGAUAUCUUCUGACCAGAAACCAUCCAGGGUCUCUCAUGAACUACCUCUGUCUCGACAAUGCUCUUACGGACAAGCUGUGCUAAAUGGCGUGAACGUUCUGUGUGGAGUUGGAAUCUUGUCUACUCCCUAUGCAGCGAAGGAAGGUGGUUGGAUGGGCCUGUCAAUACUGUUUCUCUUUGCGAUGCUCUCUUGGUAUACCGGUGUUCUCUUGCGCCACUGCUUAGACAGCGAACCUGGAAUUGAGACUUACCCAGACAUUGGCCAGGCAGCUUUUGGCACCGUGGGUCGUGUGGCAGUAUCUAUAAUUCUCUAUGUGGAACUCUAUGCUUGUUGUGUUGAGUAUAUAAUUUUGGAGAGUGAUAACUUGUCAUCAUUGUUUCCAAAUGCACAUUUAAACAUAGGUGGGUUUGUGUUGAACUCCCACCAUCUUUUUGCAUUGAUGGCAACUCUUGCUGUUCUUCCUACUGUGUGGCUACGGGACCUUAGUGUUCUCAGUUACUUUUCAGCUGGGGGAGUCAUUGCCUCUAUAUUGGUUGUUCUCUGCUUGUUCUGGGUGGGACUGGUUGAUCAAGUUGGCUUUCAAAACAAAGGAACUAUGCUAAAUCUCUCAACCCUUCCAGUCGCCGUUGGUCUUUAUGGUUAUUGCUACUCAGGACAUGCUGUCUUCCCAAAUAUUUAUUCUUCAAUGGCAAAACCAAGCCAAUAUCCAUCUGUUCUCCUAGCAGCUUUUGGUAUUUGUACGUUGUUGUAUGCUGGAGUUGCUGUGAUGGGAUACACAAUGUUUGGGGAGUCAACAGAGUCUCAAUUCACUCUUAAUAUGCCCAAUGAUUUAAUUGCAUCAAAGAUUGCUGUCUGGACUACGGUGGUUAACCCAUUCACCAAAUAUGCAUUAACCAUGACCCCAGUAGCAAUGUGUUUGGAGGAACUGAUACCAUCAAACAAUCAAAAAUCUCACAUAUACUCAAUCUUCAUCAGAACAUCUUUGGUGAUCUCUACCUUGCUUGUGGGUCUCACCAUCCCUUUCUUCGGUCUCGUGAUGGCACUGAUUGGAUCAGUGUUUACAAUGCUUGUGACUUUAAUACUUCCUUGUGCUUGCUUUCUAAGCAUCUUAAGGGGUAAAGUGACCCGGCUGCAGGUGUUAUUGUGUAUUUUGAUUAUAACAAUAGGCAUUGUAUCAUCUGCCUUCGGGACAAUCUCAGCAAUCUCGAAAAUCAUAGAGAACUUGAGCUAAAGUAUCAGAGAUCCUCCAACAAGAAAAAAUCGCUCAGAUCAUGUAUACUAAACAUAAUGACGUUCCAUUUUCAUUUUUGCUGCGCAUUUUGGAUGGUAAGAAGAAAUUUUUGUUGAAAGUUAAAA